AUGACACCCGCUAAAUCAAGGCCCGACAAGGAUGUUUGUCUCGAGCGACUCGCUUCAACCUUCGCCUCUAUCCCCGCAGACCACCCGGAUGCAGAGUUUGCUCGCGAAGUUCAAGAUAAGGUGCAGAAAAUGCUAGACCAGAACUGCUGUUAUGCCAAAACACGAAUUGGUAAGCGCUUGAAACGGAUGUCAAUGAAAGAAGCUCUUUCGAGGGACGACCUCAGCGCAAUUCGUGCCGACUUUUUCGCAUCCAAGAUUUUCAGCGUCCAAAAUUCGCCCAUAUCGAGCAUAAUCGCACAUGCGACUGCGACAGAUAACAUGGAUCUCAUUGAAGACUUGACGGGCACACCAGCCGCAGAGAACCCGAUCAAAUUUACCCUGACUGAGGUCGCAGCAAUAGAAGUGGAACAGAAGCCUGCCAAACGGCCUCGCAACGAUACGACGUCGACGUCAAUUCUAGACAAAGAACGCACCGAGAUCGAGGUCAUGGCUCGGCUUGGAAAUGAUGCCCGCUUUAGAGCAGUGAGAGCAGCGCAUAGGACUAUUUCAGUUGCCGCUGUUCGGGGCUCUUACGGCAGCUUGAAGCAGGCAUGCGCUGCCCGCGACGUCUUGGAAGCAUAUCUAGACGACAUACGCGAACUCAUGAACGAAACCAGCGCACUGAAACAUGUAGUGGACGCUCGGGUGCGACAUUUGGGAAAGCCGAAAGAGCCGAGCUUGACAUCCGCUGUUUAA